UGUUUUUUUCCGUUUUGCCUCGAGUUUGCACGCUGACAGGAUGGCAGGGGGGUUGCUGCUUGCCUUCUCCCUGGCUACAGUUGCUUACGCUCAGCUUUGUCAGCCGGAUGCAAAAAAUGCUUUUAAAGUGCGAUUUAGUAUCAAAACUGCUUUGGGAGAUAAUGCGUAUGCCUGGGAUUCAAAUGAAGAAUACCUCUUCAAAGCAAUGGUGGCUUUUUCUAUGAGAAAAUAUCCCAACCGAGGAAAAACAGAAGUUUCCAAUGUGCUGCUUUGCAAUAUAACAGAGCGUGUGUCAUUCUGGUUUGUGGUUACAGACCCUUCAAACAACCAGACUAUUCCUGCAGGUGAGGUACAGGCAGCAAUAAGGAUGAACAGAAAUAGGAUCAACAAUGCCUUCUUUUUGAAUGACCAAACUCUUGAGUUUUUAAAAAUUCCCUCCACUCUCGCUCCACCGACUGAGCCCUCGGUGCCUGUCUGGAUGAUUGUAUUUGGUGUGGUGUUCUGCCUUGUCAUCAUUGGAAUUGCGUUACUCAUUAUGUCGGGCAUCCAGCAACACAGAAGGAAAAGCAAAUCAUCGCCAGAAAUGGAUGAUGUGGAAGACAAAUGUGAAACGACGGUGACGGUGGAAAAUGGGAUUCCCUGCGAAACGCUAGAUCCCAGAGGGGGCCAGAUUAAUGGCGUCUUUGUAGCAGAUGAUGAAAGGUUUACACCGCUCUGAAAUCCUUCGGCUUCUGUUCUGCUUCCCCGAGAGACUCAUUGCCCAUUUUGUUGCUACCACUGAGGGUCAGAGAGCGUUCAGGAUAGGGAAAUAUUUUCUUUGGACUCUGUGACACUUGCCAAAACAAGUGGCAAGUAGAGGAAGGAGAAACCAGCAACAUAAAGCAAUCGAUGUGGGCGGUUUGAAUUCUAAGAUAUUUAAUAGUGGAUUUUUUGUAAAAUAUUUUCCCAGAAAGGCUGGGAAGAGUAAUUAAGGCUACUUCAUGUUAAAUUUUUAGCUAUAAACAAUUUUAAAAUGAUGACUCUAUUUUUUUUAAUUUUUGCUAUUUUCUAGAGAUAUUCAUAAAACAUUGUAUUCUUAUUUCUGCUUAGAUGGCCAAACAAUACUUUUGUUAGUACGAAUUGUCUCAGAGUGGUGGAAGAAAGUCCUCUGAAGACUGAGUAGUUUAGCAAUUUUUAUGUCUUUAGUUUAAACAUGAAUCUGUGUGCUGUUUACUGUAGACAGGCCAGAUAGGGAAAAAUUAUUAGUUAUUUUAUGGAUUGAUAAAAGUAGAUGUGACACAGAGGGGAGGAAUUUAAUCUUGUCAAUUAAGCAGCUUCUGAUGAAUAUUUUGCUUCACUUAAAGGCACCGUUUCGUUAGGUGAGUAUUCUUACAAUCUGUACUAAUAAAAUAUGAGUUGAUCAUU